AUUGAUUGACAUUUGUUUGUGGUCGAUCGAAAGUAAAAUCAAUUUUCAAAAAAUUUCAACUUUUUGAGAAGAAAAUAAAGCCAAAAUCCUCCCAAAAAAAAUCCAUAUCCAAAUCAAUUAUGGCGAAGAAGGCAGUGCUGAUCGGGUGCAACUAUCCGGGAACAAAGGCGGAGCUGAAAGGAUGCAUCAACGAUGUGCGAAGAAUGUACAAGUGCUUGAUCGAACGUUACGGAUUCUCAGAGGACGAUAUUGCGGUGCUCAUAGAUACAGAUGAUUCUCACGCGCAGCCUACAGGCCGGAAUAUUCGCAAGGCACUUGCCAAUCUGGUACGAUCCGCCGAGACCGGCGACUAUCUGUUUGUUCACUAUAGUGGACAUGGCACCCGCCUUCCGGCGGAGACCGGCGAGGAUGAUGAUACUGGCUAUGAUGAGUGCAUUGUUCCUACUGAUAUGAAUCUAAUCACCGAUGAUGAUUUCAGAGAGCUAGUAGACCAAGUUCCCGAGGGUUGCUGCAUCACAAUCGUUUCUGAUUCUUGUCACAGCGGAGGCCUUAUCGAUGAGGCCAAGGAGCAGAUUGGAGAAAGCACCAGGGGAGAUGAUGAUGACAGCCAUGGAUCUGGUUUUGGAUUCAAAAACUUCUUGAAACGCAGCGUUGAAGAUGCUAUCGAAUCCCGUGGUAUUCACAUAUCUGAAUUGGGAUUUGGCCAUCCGCGUCAGCACCGGGAUGAGGAUGCUGGGGAAGAAUUGACAGAAGGAGGUCAACGGCUAGGCUAUAUGAAGAACAAAUCCUUGCCACUCUCAAUUCUCAUUGAGAUACUCAAGCAAAAAACUGGAAAGGAUGAUAUUGAUGUUGGCAAGAUAAGGCCGACCCUAUUUGAUGCCUUUGGAGAAGAUGCUAGUCCUAAGGUGAAGAAAUUCAUGAAUGUCAUUAUGAGCAAACUCCAGCAUCGUGGUGAAGGAGAUAGCGGGAGUGGUGGACUUUUGGGGAUGGUUGGAAGUUUGGCCCAGCAGUUUCUGCAGCAGAAGCUUGAAGAAAAUGACGAGAACUAUGCAAAACCCGCCUUGGAAACACGUGUUGGGAGCAAACAGGAGGCCUAUGCUGGUUCAACCAAACGAGCACUCCCAAGUAGCGGGAUUCUGAUCAGCGGCUGCCAAACAGACGAAACAUCUGCCGAUGCUAGCCCGUCUGGGAAUGCCAGGGAAGCUUAUGGUGCUCUUAGCAAUGCAAUUCAGACAAUAAUUGCAGAAUCAGAUGGCCAAGUGAGUAACCAAGAGCUUGUUCUCAAGGCAAGGAAGAUGUUGAAGAGACAGGGUUUCACGCAGCGUCCAGGACUCUAUUGCUGUGAUCAACAUGUUGAUGCUCCUUUUGUUCGCUAAUAAGGCUCUCCUUGAUGAGUUUCGAACAUGCUGUGUGUUUCUUAGAAUAAUUCAAUGCUGCAAAUUCAGUUGUAAGAACUUUGCUAAAUAUUUUGUUGUGUUUUUGUAUGGAGUGCUAAUGUUGGUUUGGUGCUUUCUAUUGUGCUCAUGUACGAUGAAUAUUUGGGCAAAAUUGCAUUAUUAACAUUCGGCCAUAUAUUAGUGGACUAAACGAAUCUUUCCAGCUA